AUGAAGAAGAGGCUCCAAGCUCAACAAAACAUGGCACUCCGUGAAGCGGUGGACGCACCGUGGUAUGUACCUAACAGAGUGCUAUAUGACGAACUACGACAGGCAACCUCAUCCCAAGGCAUACGCGACACAUCGAUUCGCGAUAGGCAAGCUGCUACUGCAACUGCACCACCCUCCGCUAACCUUUCUGGAGGGCGCAGUCGCGAGGCAGCCGUGCCUAUACCCUCCGUCAACUUCAUCCAGGGUGACACUUUGACACAAUCUGCAGUCCCCCCACCUUCCGGACUUGCUGACCCGCUCUUCCCCCCCGUAGCACGAAUGACGAAAGAGUCGGCGCCUGGCUCUCGCUACCAAUUGGGUAGGCUCCGGGAGCCCUCCCUGUUGGAGAGUAUACGUCUGUAUCUGGCAUAUCUACACGAUAAGUCAGCAGACGUAUGCAUUGCGGGCAAAACCAGCGCCAGCAUUAGGUUGCGACUCGCAACCGAAGGGCUCCCCGCGCGAAGGGAAGAACUGCUGAACCUAUACAAGCAGUUCUACCUUUCGUACGGCCUUUCGGAGGCAGACGCCGACUCAGACCUAUACGCACUACGCCUCCAGACCCAGACUGAACGGACUGCUUACUUACAGAGAGCCCGUGAAACACAUAACAAGUACAUAAGACCAUAACAUCUUCUAACACUCCGUUGUUGUCACAUUAUGUCACCACCACCAUACAUAAUUCUGUAACACAUAUCACCCAUUCCAUCGACAGCAACGGACACCAGCCUGCGUGCUGGCUCACACACUUUAUGUUAACCCAUCUGCGCAUGGGGUCAAAAUUCAACCCUUCGGGGUACAUGUAUUUAUUAUUAAUAAAUAUUUUACGUAGCC